GUUCGACGUCGAUGUUGUCGAUUCAGAGUCGAUCGACACCCUUUAUGAUCUUUCAUAAGACUCACUGUCACUUCUGAUUCUUGUACAGCAGAAGUUAGACAUAGCCCUUUAUUCCUGGUGUUCGCACUGCAUAAUUUGGAUCAAAAGCUGUGUCAUAGUGAUGAUAAUCUAGUCAACGUCAUAUUGAAAAAGCAUAAGCGUUCAACAGUUGUUUGAUACUGCUCAUACACACACCGACCUACACGAACGUUCUAUACAAUGCUGCUUGUUUGUGGAAGUCUGUACUUAAAACUUGGCAAAACUACCUUUGGCAGCAGCACGCGAGGCGUCAUUUAGGACAGACGGAAAUUUCAGAAAUUCUGGAGGGUCACGUGGAAAGACGAAUCACCACUGGUUCUGAAACUGUAAGGUUGACUGCACUUGAAGAUUUCGGAACGAAGCGCUUUCCACUGGUUUUAGCUAGCGGUGUCGGGAGAACACUCAACGCUUGCACCGUUCAGAGCCAACGACGUUUCUGUGUCCGUGUAGUUCUACGGGGUCUGAAGACCACCUUACCAGCCUCUCUGCAGUUUCUGUUCUACGAGGUCUGAAGACCACCUCACGAAGACUGACCACCUUACGGGGUCUGACGACCACCUCGUCCUUCUGCUUCUUCUACGUCUUCAUAAAGACAGCUACUCCUGUCGUACACCUGGAUCUGUACUCGAACUUGUUGCAGCAGCACUUGACAAUUUUUUGGGAUUUCUUUGCACCGGACUUUCUCUUGACAAUUCUUUUGGAUUCGUUUUGCUUACCCUUGCUCGACGAAGAUGUUCGGGCCAGAUGGGGUGCAGACGUAUGGAUCACGGCGCCGAUCACGGACGUCAUCCAUUCUGUCGCAGAUAGAGGGCCGCAUUCUCGUUAGAAGCACGCGCACCUCUUCACUUCGCAAAAACUUGAGCCAUGACUACAGACAGCGGACAGACCCCAAGCCUCAAUGGUAUACUUCCCCAAAUAGUUUGGUCGUCUCAAAAAUUGAACUACAAAUUGAUAAGUUGAAGUAUCCAAAUAGUUGUGGAUUCGGUGUGCUCUCAGAUGAAUUGGAAUAAAAUUUUGUACUGAAAAAAAGGUUCUUAGUUUAGAAGUGGUUAGGGUGGGGGUUCAUAUUGAUGUUCAUCAGUUCAUAUUUAUCAUAAUCAUCAUCACCACCAGCAGAAGUCUUUAAUCUACUGGUCAAAUUGCAGGACAUACAAGGAUUCAGAGUUGCGAGCGAGUUCGGAAAGAGAAAAGCAGGUACGGGCGCAAAGAGAAGAAGAGAUGGGAGGCAGAGUCUUUUUUGCUGAAGAGAACGAAAGACUUUCAGCAAAAAAGAAAGUUGUUGAUCUUGACGCGGCUACGCAACGACGGCUGGUACUGCUUGUUUCACUAUCUAAGAAUCAUUUGUAUUUGACUCUCUCCAUAUAAUUGGACCAUUUUCUAUUUAGCACAUUCUGGCCAUCAUCUUGGAAAAUCGAAAUCCUGGAUGGGGUACUCUAGACCCAUUUCUCACUCGUGCAACGUCUUUCUGCUUCUUUCUAGGGCAUGAUUAUUAUGCUGCUCUCCCUCAGGCAAUGUCAACGAGCUUGCAACAGAUUCUAGGGCCGCGCGACAGAGAAUCACGAGGGACAUCAAAGGAGCCCGUGAAAAGAAAGAGACCACCUUCUGCAGGGCGCCGAAUUUUAUCGCCGCGCGGGGUAAUACGACUCGAAAAAGAACAGAAUGUGAAUUUCAUGUUUUAUCAUAUUUAUCCAUGAUGUAGCUACUCUUCUCUGGGAGGUGAACGGUGAGAACACGAUGUUAGAUUUCGGAUGUUUUUUUUUGCGUGGAGUACUCGACUACAAAUAGCUUCGUUGCUUUGGAUUUUGAUCGUACUACAUCAACAUCAGUCGCCAUCAGAAGUAGUCUUUCCUAAUGAAUCUUCAAGUCAGAAGAAUUAAUAAAUAAAUAUUUCGCAGCCCGAGCCAAAGCCGACUUGGAGCCAUAUUCUCAGGACUGCGCUGAACAAACGUGAUCCCGGAGUUGAGGCGGCGCAUGUAGGUAAAGGCUGAUCACUGAAGUUUAUGAAGGGAUCGGUUAUGCUUAUGCAAGAAGAUAAAUCAUUCUCGUCAUUCAUUAUUUUGGUUGUCUUACACCCAUAACGUCAUGUACGGCUCCUUAGGUAGCUUAGCUACGACUACAACACAGGACGAACGCAUGACAUGUACGUUUCUGAUAUCACAGCAUAGUUGUGCUUUCUUGUGGGUACAACAUCGCUUGUUUGUAUCAUCCUGUUUCAAACGCAGAAAUUUGUCAGGUUCUUCACGGAGCAAGAGCAAGAGUCCGGCGCAAUCGCCACGGGCAGGGAGCAAGACACCGCGCGGGGAUCGUGGUGGACACAAGGGCAAAGGCGGCGGGUCGCCGGGUCGGUCACCAAAGCAUUCGCCCAGUGGAGGAGAUCACACGCCGCGCUCGCCUCGAGGUCCAUUAUCCCCGCGUUCACCUCGCCAUCUGUACGCCUUCGAUAACUACGAUCUGCCGCUCUUCAUGCGGAAGCGAGUGGAAAUGGUCCCUGCAGAAUCCGUCGAGGAUCUCGUGCUUGAAUACGCAGAGGUUGCCCCAUCUGGGACCGACACGGCACACGGCGGAGGGGGCGGUGGACAUCAUGUUGAGCAAACGUGACAGGAAUAGGGGAAUUCCGCAGUCUGAGCGGCACUGCAGUUGGUUGCUAAAAAUGGCGCGGACACGAAAAGUAGACUCACGACUCACUGCUCUCAUCAUCAAUAUCCAUGAUCAUUUUCAUGCAUUUACUUUCAGCACAACAGGCAUAUUCUUAUUCAUAGUCAUAGCAUAUUUUCUACAAAGAAGAACGGUUUCCGUGUCACCUGUUAAAACAUGCAUCGUUCAUGAAGUAAAGCGAUGUGUAUCCUCAAAAACUGCCGUUCCGUCAUUGUUGUUGCAGCACAUGCAGUACCAUCUUCAUCGUGGUCCUCAUACAUCCUGUUACAAAUUAUUGUACUAGAAAUUCCCCUCAGCCUUCAUUCGACAUCGAUCUCACAGGACGAGCUUACAUCAGGCUCGGUAAUGUCAAGGAGACGACGAGCCCCUCUCAGAGACCUACUUAAAUGUGCAAUCUCUGCGAGCCAGUGCGUCGUCUAGGAACAGAGCUCAAAAACCUUGAGCUGCAAAAGCAAGGUUAUUACCGUGUCGACCUCAGCAUCUUCCCGCAAUGCGCCGACUCACA